AUGAUGAUGUCAUGGCUUUGUAAGCAUCUGAUAGCAUAACUUGAGUUAAAUGGAGAUGUAUUUCUGGGCAAUUCCUAUAACAGACUGGUUUCUUCUGCAACAUCAUGGUAAAAUCUAAAAAAGUCAACAAAAAAUCAAGAAGAGAAUUGUAGCCCUUUACAGGUCUGGUUUGUCCUUGGGUUCAUAUUUCUGAAGGUGCUAAGGUAAUCUGCUCAGAAAAUUAUAUUUAAGUAUGGGAGCCAUGAGAAUGUCAAUUAACUUGAGCAACAGUUUUUAAUGUUGUUUCUUAGGAAAACUAGAUCUCUCUACAUGAUCUACAAAUGCAAACUGUGUUUUGCAUAAUCUCUGAUAAGUGUAAAACAAUUGGAUCCAGUUUUGACCCGUCUACAUACAGUGGGUUUCAUGUCUUGAUCCAUAAAAUGUAUGGAUAACAAUUUGGUUGUGUUUUCCCAAAGAGGAUCUCAAACUGUGUUUUAGGUUCUAAGCUGUAGAUGAUCAAAAUCAGUCCAGUGUGCAGAAAAAUUUGAAAUGGCCUCUUUAAUUUGCACCGAUUUGAAAAGUUGAAUCAAGGGAAGGGGUGGACAUGUCCAGCUUUGACUAGUUGGACAUGCCAGUAAGCAAUAAACAACUCGUUUGGUUUGCAACUGAUAGAUUUCUCUUUCCAGUGCUUGUGUCUCCCCCUAACAUGGUGGCACCCAGGGCAAAGAGCCAUAUUUCCCAUAACAGAAACAGCUAGCAAUUAAUAGCAGAAAUACUUCUGUUCACGAUGAAAGGCUAAAACAAAGUCAUACUUUGAUUUAAGAACCAUGGGUUUGGAUCGAAUCAUGUGAAUGGCCUAGUCAAAGUCCAGAUCUAGAGCAAAUUCACAGGGCGCUCUCCAUUCACUCUGAUGGAGUUUGACCUGCUUUGGAAAGAAGAAUGGACAGAAAUUUAGAUGGGUGGAUAAAUCUUUCAGAAGGCUUGCAGCUGUAACUGCAUUACAAACCUUUGGGUCAGGGUGGCUGAAUACAAACGCACACCAAACCUUUCUGAUUUUUAUUUGUAAAAUAGUUUGAAGACCAGCACUUUGUGGUACUGUAUUCCAUAAAAUCCCAAUAAAGUACUUUUGAUAUUAUGUAUAAGGGGUAUUAAAGCCUCAUCUUGCUUGGAAACCUGUUUCAUUUUGCUGAAACGUUUCAUCAGCCUCUUGGUGAAGGGAUGACGACAUGAUGCCCCUUAGCAACGGUAGCGUCUCUACGGCAACAUCCUCCGGUGUCCCCUCUGUGCUGCUGCAGCGCGACCCUCAUCUGUUGUUUCUAAGGGAGGCAGGAGGGGAAGACGGUAGAAAUGGAUACCAUAACUCCGAUCCUCUGAGGGAAGAACUGCAGAUGAUGGCGUGUUGUCAUGGGUGAGAAACGUGCGAGCUGGGAGCCUGAAGUUGUAGCGCAAACGAGGACAUCUGCAGGAGCCGCCUCUCGUCCUUCUUGAAUGGAUCCCGCCUUGCUCAUCUUCCUGCUAUACGUGAUGAUCGCGCACGACCUGGUGUGCGGCUUGAUGCAGCACCGCAGACAGAGCGCCAGACCCAGAACACCCGCAGCUGGACCUCUGUUGCGCUCAAGCGCCCGGAUGGGUCAGGGAGUUUUGAGGACCAACAGACUGUCGGCAGGUGUGAGCCGAGGGGGGAGGGACCUGAGAAAAACCGGACGAAUUGUGAGAAAAGCAUAACAAGGACAAAAGCUAAUCUGACGGAAACUGAACAUACAAGCAGCUUCUGGGCACUAAUUGUGUUCAGUGAGCUGCGAGACCCUCAGCUCAGCAAACAGCAAACGGUCGCUCGGCAUCAGCAGAAGGUCUCACUUGGCACAGUGGCAACAAAUGAAUGCCAAUAACUCCUCCUACAGUCGCAGGGAGCCUGUGAAAUGUCACUGCAGGACAUUUAAAUACCACAAACAGGUUAAGGCUUAACACUCACUGGACAAGUUCAACAGACACUUCUCCUGAAACCACCUGCCGUACAGAGACCAUGGCAUCAGUGUCCACCAGCGCCCGUCUCAACAAGGCGGUCCGGCAGCAGUACAUGAGCCUGCCUCAGGGGGAGAAGUGCCAGGUCACGUACAUCUGGGUGGACGGCACUGGAGAGGGGCUCCGCAACAAGACAAGAACCCUGGAUGCAGAACCAACCAGCGUUGAAGAUAUUCCUGAAUGGAACUUCGACGGAUCGAGCACCUACCAGGCCGAAGGCUCCAACAGCGACAUGUACCUCAUUCCAGUUUGUAUGUUCAGGGAUCCCUUCACCCUAAACCCCAACAAACUCGUCCUCUGUGAGGUCAUGAAAUACAACUACCUACCUGCUGAAACCAACCACCGCCACAGCUGCAACAAAGUGAUGGAGAAGGUGAGGGAACAUUGCAUGUGGUUUGGCAUGGAGCAGGAGUACACGCUUCUGGGAACAGAUGGACAUCCUUUUAGCUGGCCUCCGCAAGGAUUCCCAGCACCUCAAGGUCCCUACUACUGUGGAGUGGGAGCAAAAAAUGCAUAUGGACGGGACAUUGUGGAGUGCCACUACAAAGCCUGCCUCUAUGCUGGGGUUAAAAUCUAUGGCACCAAUGCUGAAGUUAUGCCAUCUCAGUGGGAGUUCCAGGUGGGCCCCUGCGAGGGCAUUGAGAUGGGUGACCAUCUGUGGGUGGCACGCUUCCUGCUGCAUCGUGUGUGUGAAGACUUCGGGGUGGUGGCAACCCUGGACCCCAAACCAAUAAAAGGCAACUGGAAUGGCGCUGGUUGCCACACAAACGUCAGCACCAAGCAGAUGAGGGAAGAUGAAGGACUGCAGUACAUUGAGAAGGCCAUAGACAAGCUGGCCAAAAAGCAUAAAGAGCACAUUAUGGUGUAUGACCCGCAUGGAGGCAAGGACAACUUGAGGCGCCUCACAGGUCUGCACGAAACCGCCAGCAUCGACGACUUCUCAGCUGGCGUGGCCAACCGAGGAGCCAGCAUCCGCAUCCCCCGGCAGGUGGGCAAGGACAAGAGGGGCUACUUCGAGGACCGUCGCCCUGCAGCAAACUGUGACCCUUACACAGUGACAAUGGCCAUUGCUCAAACCUGCCUUAUUGAUCUGAAGGAGGAAGAAGUAGAAGUUAUUAACUAAAUGUACAGGCAGAUUACUCAGCACGGUCCAAGCAGACUGUUUUUACUUAUCUGGUGAUAUUUAAUGUUUCAUUUUACCAGCUUAUUCCAAUGUGAAAUGAUAAACGUUGAAAAAUUUAAAGAAUUAGAUACAGCACCUUACAAAUGUUCUUCCUUUAGAACCUUUUCACGUUUUGUCGCAUUGCAGCAACACACUUCUUGGAUUUUUUUGUGAUAGAGCAAUACAAAUUGGUGCACAAUUGAAGCUGAAUGAAAUAAUUGCACUGUUUUAAUUAAAGAUAAAAUCAGAAAGUGCAACAUGCAAUUGUAUUUUGACUCCAAAUAGUUUGUAGAAUCACCUUUUGUUGUUCAUCUAGCCAGAGUACUUUCUGCUGAAUGUCCUAAUUGACUUGUGGGAAACUUUAAAUGACAAAUCCUAUAGGUUUUGAUAAAAACGCAGAUUUGUAGAGCGCUCAACUAAUAGUAUUCUAUUGACAGCUUCUCGCACCCGAGCUGUGGAUCUCUACAGCUCCUCUAGAGCAGGGUUUCCCAAACUUUUCAGCCUUCAACCCCCAAAAUAAAGGUACCAGAGACUGGCGACUCCCUAAAAUGUAUAUAAUUUUUACCCUCUAUAAAAACAAAAUUACAGUUGAUAAUUUAUUUUCAUGAUUUAUUAUUUGAUUAUUUAAUGGUACAUUACAUGGUACAUUUAUUUAUUUCAUGAUAAAUUAAAACAAUUUUUAUUUUGGCCCUUUUGGCCCUCCAUCUUUAUGAUUCUGAAAAUCAUCUCGCGACACCCCACUUGGUGUCUCGCAACCCCGUGGGGGUCGGGACCCCUGCUCUAGAGUAACUAUGAGCAUCUCUGAUUAAUGUUCUCCUUGCGUCAGUUUGCCACAUCUUCCUCCCUGAUUUAUCUGCUGUGUUCCUUGGCCUUCAUGAUGCAGUUUGUUCACUGAGGUUCUCCAACAAAUCUCUCAGGCCUUCACAGCACAUACUGAAAUUAAUUUACACACAGAUGGGCUCUAUUCACUAAUUAGGUGACUUCUAAAGGCAGUUACUUGAACUGCAUUUCAUUUCGGGGUAUCAGAGUAAAGUGAGCACAAUUCAAGUGCACGUCACACUUUUCAGAUUUUUAUUUUUAAAGAAUGAAUCGUUUUUCAGUGUUGAUCUAUCACAUAAAAUCCCAAUACUGAUGUGUGUGGUUGUGACCAAAUUUGAAAAAGAUAAAGGGGUGUGAAUACUUUCACAAGGUACUGUAGACCAAAACAAUACAAAAGAACACUAAACAAUCGGAAACAGUGGUAACCAGACCACAAAUUGACAAAAACUACGAAAAACAGGCAUGAAAGCAAUAAAAACAGUAACAAAUUUAAUCCAAACACUAAUACCCUCACUACAGCAGAGGAAAAGGAUAUAAAAGUGAUUACAAAGUACCACUGCCACAGCUUAAAUAUAUGGAACAUAACUAAAAGAGAUGCAAAUCACAAGAAAAUAAAGAUGCACACCAAAUGAACAUACAAAGAGUGUCUGGAUGGAUGCCCAAUGAGCAACUGUUUGUUGUAAAAGUACACUCAAACAAAACCACUGUUAUGGGCUUAGGGUUCGCUGUUUCAAAAUCCGCCCAUGCCUUUAAGCUGCCUGUGUGUUAUAUACUGUAGCAUCAUUACAACAUGAUCAGAUUCAUCUGUGAGUUUACCUCCAGUGGAUUCAAUUUACUGAACUGACAGCAUUGGUGGGAGGUUUAUUUAUGUGUACGGACACAUAAAUAAUUCUCAUAAAAGAAGAGCUCGGUUUAAAUGUUGAUGUUCUUUGUUGUCGUAUUUGUAUAACAAGAUAAGUGCUUAUAUGUUAAACUUUGUGUUUUCUGUCAGAAGUAAAUUAAAGAUGUCUUUUGUCUCA